UUUGAGUUUAGGCCUAUUAGAUCUAGAUUUCUAGGUCCAUGCAAUCACUGCACCACUAAGCUACAUAGUAUUACUAGAAGCAAGCUUAGAAAGAAACCUGACCCCAAGUAAUUGUGGUGUUCUAAAUAAAUGGUAUAAUUGUGGCCAGUCACCUCCACUGGAGACAGAGAAUUAGGUCUUUUAAUCUUCCAAAGAUGAACUCAAGAGACAGAUUCUCCAACAGAGCCAGCCGAGCUAGGAGUCAGAGAGACAGAAACUCCACCACCCCUGUCGCAUCCAAACGACCGGUCGUCAGGAAAAUCAGUGCCCAGAUCAGCCCCGUGGAAGUUCGGAGCCGAUCUGUCCCGAACCAUGUCGUCUGCUCAGACAACAGAAGGGGCUCGCAGUCUCAGUCUCAGGCCGGAUCUUGUCUGGCAGGGUUCAGAAAGGCGCGAUCGUCGAGGACAAAGGCUGAGAAGAUUCGACCGUGUAAAGCUUACGUCGUGGCUUACGAGCGACUGCGUGCACGAACGACCACCGGCAAAGACGACCCAAAUCCCAACAAGGACUCUCAGAACAAUAACGUCGUGGUGUUGGGGAACGAAGAACCGGAAAUCGGCGGCGGGGACCAAUCAGACAGUCCCUUGAGGGCGGCCGGAAGUGACGUGUGUGACGAUCAACAUGGCGGCGGUGGCGACGGGAGAACAGCGACGUUCAGGGCCACGCCCACUCGAGACGGGAGCUGGGAGGGGGGCCCGGCGGGCGGGGAGGAUGAGGAGGACGAUGAGGAGGAGGAGGGGGGAGUUCCGCCAGGUGAGCCAUCUUUACUUUAA